ACGUGACUUCGACUGUUGAAGAUUUGGCGCGUGUACUUAACUUUUAGAUUUUUCAUUUUAUAUUUCUUAAAAAAUUAAAGGUGGAUAAACCCUAAACCCCUAAUCUGCCGCAAACCGCCGGCGAAACACCACUCUAUCUCAACGCCUGUAUCGCCGGAGAGCUCAACGGCUGGCCGCCUGGAAUCUGUAGUGGUCUCGAGAAAGUAAUUGUUUGUUUGUAUAGGUAAUGAAGGCGGAUGCAAUGCAGCAUGGUGAUGAUGAGGAAGAAGAAGAAUUUGUUUUGCUUGAUCUCGAUGAUUUACCUGAGGAAUUUGAUAUUCCCCCAAACGCGCCCUAUGUGCUCUCUGGGCUGGACACUUUGAAUCCAGUAUUGAUCAUUGAUGGCAAGUUGAAACUAAUUGGAGAAUAUGAAGAAACAAUUGGAACAUGCUUUGUUUUCUCCGAAAAUGCUGCCCCUGAGGUUCAUGAAGUAACAGGACCAUCAGAGGAAAACCUCUUUGCUGGCAAACGUAUAGUAGAUUCAGAUCAAACUCCUAGAAAGCAAUUGGAACCAGUUGCUCACCUGCAUAAGAUUCUUAAGUUCAGAAUAUUUGUUGAUGAUGAUGAUGUUCAAGGUGCGACUCCUGAACCAAGAAUUGAAAUUGAAGAAGGGAAAACCUCAACCCCUACUCAAUGAUAUUUAACAUGCAUUCUUCCUAGCGAAUAGAAAGUAGUUGACUAGAUUCAAGCAUAUUCAUGCUCAGAAGUUGCACAGUAAUUUUGACAAUUAACAUGAUAUAUCCCAUAGUAACUAGGUUUUGUGUGCUGCAAUCACUCACUCUCUAUGGUAUAUAUAACUCUAGUCUAAGAUAGGAGGUUUCUGCUGUAUAGCUGAUUGUCCAUGCAGAUCUUUUUAGUCAGUUGUGAACCUCAAUGUCUACGAUAUUGCCAUGAGUUGAACGUUAUUGAAAUCCACAUGUAAAGUUUUAUGAGUUGGAAAUUUGUGUACUAUGAUGUCCUCGCAAUUGAUCACUUCCUUUACUCCAGAUAGUUCUUGUUUGGUGUACCACUAUCUUCAUUUUCAGGUCUCAGCUGAUUUUCUUCCCAGCGCUGAUUCCUAAUUCAGUUAUUGAAUGAAGCAGAUUUAAGA